GGUUAUUCGGUGCCAUCCUACCGACCCACGGCUCACCUCCUCGUCUAUACGCAAGGUCUAUCCAUGAUUUCAGGCUCCGAUCUCCCUUCUGACGCUCGACCAAUGCGGCCCAAUCACAGCGACUCAAUUGCCACGACAGCCCAUUUUUCCGCCUCAUAACGCACAACCAGGCCGAGGUGUACCCGUGCAGGCUAUUCCGCCUCCGCAGGAGGGACGCAAGGCACGGGUCCCGCAUCUAGGAUCAGUGCUCUAUCGUCAAGCGACCAUGAAACGGAGCUUCUUCGCGUUUGGACGCGCUUUAAAGCUGCAGAUCAUGUAGAGAGGACCACCUUCUCUUCGUCGCUCUUGUGGUGGUGCUCGCAGGAUGCUCUGGCGCGCUGCCCUCUCCGCUUUGCCUCUCGUAGGCUGCGCGCUUGCGCAAACGGGGGCCCAGUACACCGAUCCCGACAAUGGUAUCACAUUUUGGGGCAUUACAGAUGCAUCGCACAGCGUAACCUACGGCUAUGUCUUCCCCGAGACCGACACGGGCGAGUUCAUUGGCGAGAUCGUUUCUCCGAUCGAGGGAGCUUGGGUCGGUGUCUCCCCCAAAGGCACCAUGCUCAACAGCCUGCUGCUCGUGGCUUGGGCGAACGGCGGCGAGGUCGUGCACUCCGCGCGCAUUGCUUCUGGAUACGUGUUGCCAACACCUCUGGAAGGACCUGUGAUCACCGAUCUUCCAUCUACGACAGUGAAUGCGACGCACUGGAAAUGGGUGUAUCGCUGCCAAAACUGCACCACUUGGGAUGGCGGCAGCCUCGAUCCCACAGGCUCCGGUGCACCUGCCUGGGCCUACUCGACCAAAGCCGUCGAUGACCCCUCGGAUCCUGACUCGGACUUCGCUCAGCACACCGAUUUCGGUUUCUACGGCCUCGACUUCGCAUCCGCGCACGCCUCGCAAGCUGACUACGACAACUGGGCCGCAGGCGGCACAGGUGGCGGUGGUGGCUCGCCGCCCACAACGACUACGACGACAACCACAGCGCCUCCUACGGCUACUGCCACACCUGAUCCUGUCGACUAUAUCGUCGUGGGUGCUGGUCCGGCUGGUAUCAUCACUGCGGAUCGACUCUCCGAGGCGGGCAAGAGUGUUUUACUCCUCGAGCGCGGUGGGCCUUCUACGGGCGAGACUGGCGGCACGUAUAGUGCGCCGUGGGCUGAAGGCAGUGGUUUAACCAAGUUCGACGUCCCUGGUCUCUUCGAAACCCUCUUCAACGACGCCAACUCCUUCUGGUGGUGCAAGGAUGUCAAUACCUUCGCCGGCUGCCUCCUCGGCGGCGGCACGACCGUCAAUGGUGCGCUCUACUGGUACCCGCCCGACAUCGACUUCUCCACCGACAACGGCUGGCCCAGCGAGUGGACCAACCACUCCCCGUACACCGCCAAGGUCAAGGAACGGCUCCCCAGCACCGACGCCCCCUCCACGGAUGGAAAGCGCUACCUGACGCAGGUCCACGACGUCGUCGCGGAGCUUCUCAAGCCGCUCGGCUUCAGCAGUAUUACAAUUAAUGACGAGCCGAACCGGAAGGACCAUGUUUACGGGUAUAGCGCGUACGACUUCCUUGACGGCAAGCGCGCGGGCCCGGUGGCGACCUAUCUGCAGACGGCGCAGAAGAGGGAGAACUUCAAGUUGCUGAUGUAUACAAACGCGCUGAAUGUGGUGCGGAAUGGGACGCAGAUUUUGGGCGUGAAGACGAAUGAUACGUCGAUUUUGGAUGGGGUCUACACGUUGAACCCGGGCGGAAGAGUAAUUCUAUCUGCUGGCUCGCUGCAGACACCGCGCUUGCUGUUCCAGAGUGGCAUCGGCCCCAAGGACAUGAUUACGCUCGUGCAGGGCAACACAGAUGCGGCGCCAAAUCUCCCGGAUGAGGCGGACUGGAUCGACCUUCCCGUCGGCGAAAACGUCUCGGAUAACCCAUCGGUCAACCUCGUCUUUACCCACCCCGAUGUCGACUCCUAUGACAACUGGGCCGAAGUCUGGGAUGACCCGCGCCCCGAUGACGCUGACCAGUACCUCAAGGACCAAUCCGGCGUGCUCGCAGCCGCAUCCCCUCGCCUCAACUUCUGGCGCGCCUACGUCGGUAGCGACAACGUGACGCGCUACAUGCAGGGAACCGCGCGCCCAGGCGCAGCCUCCAUCGACACGGACAACGACUACAACCUCGCGAACGUCUUCACCAUCACCUGCUACCUGUCCACGGGCGUCACCUCGCGCGGGCGCGUCGGCAUUGAUGCUGCAUUGCGAGCGGGGCCGAUAGUGGACCCAUGGCUCACCGACCCGGUCGACAAGGAGGUCCUGUUGACCGGUAUUCAGGAGAUCGCGAGCGCGAUUGGGAACGUGAGCGAUCUGGUGCUGAUCACGCCGGACAAUACGACGACGGUGGCGGCCUACUUGGACGACUAUGAUCUCACGGCCAUGAACUCCAACCACUGGGUAGGGUCGGCGUCAAUCGGGUCGGUCGUAGAUGUCAACACGAAGGUCAAGGGGACGGAUAACCUAUUCGUCGUGGAUGCAUCCAUCAUUCCUGCGCUACCGAUGGGCAACCCUCAAGGAGCGCUCAUGUCGGCAGCGGAGCAGGCCGUCGCGAGGAUUCUCGCUCUAAACUGAUAUCUUGGACAAGGGGGGAUAGGCGUAUAUAGUAUAGGUAUUUAUUCGUAGCGACGCAAUGAAGCAUUUAUUUCAGUGUACAA